CUCUCCGCCCUUUUAAAAUUUUGUUUCUUUGCCUACACGCCUAUCAGGAUUUGGUGGCCUUGAGACUGCCAACUCCACCGCCAGUGGGUUUAAUUUUGGGGGUUUCGGAUUAACUGCUAAUCCUGCAGUGAACUUUAAUAUUGGGAAUUUCGGUGUUUCUACUACCUCGGCGACUCCGUUCAAUUUUGGUAACAGUCUGGCAAGUGCAGGUGGGUUUGGAGGAUUUGGGACAGCAUCAACAACAGCAGGUUCUGCAUUCAGCUUUUCUGCUCCCACCAACUCAGGCACUACUGGACUCUUCAGUGGUACUCAGAACAAAGGUUUUGGAUUUGGUACUGGUUUUGGCACAACAACUGGAACUAGUACUGGUUUAGGUACUGGUUUGGGAACUGGACUGGGAUUUGGAGGAUUUAAUACACAGCAGCAGCAGCAGCAAACGACACUAGGUGGUCUCUUCAGUCAACCUACACAAGCUCCUACUCAGUCCAACCAACUGAUAAAUACUGCAAGUGCUCUUUCUGCUCCAACGCUAUUGGGAGAUGAGAGAGAUGCUAUUUUGGCAAAAUGGAAUCAACUACAGGCCUUUUGGGGAACAGGAAAAGGAUAUUUCAACAAUAACAUUCCACCAGUGGAAUUCACACAAGAAAACCCCUUUUGCCGAUUUAAGGCAGUAGGUUAUAGUUGUAUGCCCAAUAAUAAAGAUGAAGAUGGGCUAGUGGUCUUAGUUUUCAAUAAAAAAGAAACAGAUAUUCGAAGCCAGCAACAGCAAUUGGUAGAAUCAUUGCAUAAAAUUUUGGGAGGACACCAGACCCUUACUGUAAAUGUAGAGGGUAUUAAAACAUUACCAGAUGAUCAGACAGAAGUUGUCAUUUAUGUUGUUGAACGCUCUCCAAAUGGUACUUCGAGAAGAGUUCCAGCUACAACACUAUAUGCCCAUUUUGAACAAGCCAAUAUAAAAACACAAUUGCAACAACUUGGGGUCACCCUUUCUAUGACUAGAACAGAACUGUCUCCUGCACAGAUCAAACAGCUUUUACAGAAUCCUCCUGCUGGUGUUGAUCCUAUUAUCUGGGAACAAGCCAAGGUAGAUAACCCUGAUCCUGAAAAGUUAAUUCCUGUGCCAAUGGUGGGUUUCAAAGAACUUCUUCGAAGACUGAAGGUUCAAGAUCAGAUGACUAAGCAACAUCAGACUAGAUUAGAUAUUAUUUCUGAAGAUAUUAGUGAAUUACAGAAGAAUCAAACUACAACUAUGGCCAAAAUUGCACAAUACAAGAGGAAACUCAUGGAUCUUUCCCAUAGAACUCUGCAGGUCCUAAUCAAACAGGAAAUUCAAAGGAAGAGUGGAUAUGCCAUCCAAGCGGAUGAAGAGCAGUUACGAGUUCAGCUAGAUACAAUUCAGUGUGAACUAAAUGCGCCUACUCAGUUUAAGGGCCGACUGAAUGAACUGAUGUCCCAAAUCAGGAUGCAGAAUCACUUUGGAGCAGUCAAAUCUGAAGAAAGAUACUACAUAGAUUCCGAUCUCUUACGAGAAAUCAAACAGCAUUUGAAACAGCAGCAGGAAGGCCUCAGCCAUUUGAUUAGCAUCAUAAAAGAUGACCUAGAAGAUAUAAAGUUGGUAGAACAUGGAUUGAAUGAGACUAUUCACAUCAGAGGUGGUGUCUUUAGUUGACAGUGUACAACCUGUGCCAAGGGCUUGUGAAAUGUUUCUUUUUGUUACAUCAGUCUUUCCUUAAGAAUGAAGCUGACCACAUGGAGGGGGGGAACACAAUCUUCUGGUUUGUUUUUUGUGAAGGAUUCUGAGAAAUUUUUGUUUUUUUAAAUCUGAACGUAAUUAUCACAUUACAACUCUUCAAAGAUAGCCUUUGAAAGUAUGAAGAUGUACUUUAUAAAGAAAAGUACAUAAUUACCAGAAAAUAUGUACUGUCAUACAGUUUCACAACAGCAUUGUUAAAAGUAAUCAGUGUUUAAUGAUUAUUCUCUAUUGAGCCCAUAUUCUGCUUUCCAUAGCAAGUAAAUAUGAGUUAUCUGCUUUGCACAUAGCAAAAUAAACUGUAUAACUACUUGGCUAUUGGAGAUUUGUUCUUCAGAAUGUAAAUGUACAUCAGCUUUUAUAUUUGGGAAUUCACUUGUGGGAGGAGUAAAGAAAAUCCAAGAAUAUUUAAUGAUUAAUGUGGUUUUCUUUUCGUUCUAUAAAGAUUGGAAAAUAUAUUUUUAUAUUAUUUUACUUGUUUGGAAUUUACAGAACACAGCUAAGCAAUUAGGAUGUAACAAAAUUACAUUUUAUCAUUUUUACAACUUUUGUUUUUUAGACCUUUAUUUCUAAAGAUGAAAACAAAUAAAUUCUUUAUUAUUACUUUUAUAUAAUUCUGUCUGUUGCUUUGUUUCUUUGACUUUGGGAGAAUUAAUCAUUUGUGCCCACACGAGUACUGAAUCAAUCACAAUUCAAGAACUUUAGGUUUUCCUUGUUUUUGAGUCUGAUAUUUUUUCCUUCCUAGGGAAAAAAUAUCAAUGCUGAUAUACUUUAACUAGCACAUGCAAGAAAAAUUUAAUUCAGAUGUCAUCAAGGAUAAAGAAUGCCCAAAUUUAACAGAUCUUCUAAGUACAUACUGUACAUCUGGACUGCACCAUCAUGGCCCCCCCCCGGGAAUGCUUUAACUUGGUACGUUCAUGUGAAGCUGUCUACGAGGUGCCAUGACUGGUUGCUGCAUGUACUGUGGAGAGGGUGAGACUGAUGCACUACGUAGCCAGAGGCUUUCCUCUGAGAGCCACAUGGCUUGCAACUGCAGACUACAGCACAGUAGUGUAGGAGACUCAAACUGAUCAUUUUUUCCUGUUCUGGUUAGCCACUGGAAGUUUGCAGUCCUUCUUUCAAGUUUAUGGCACGCAGAUUUGCUGUACUACUCUAGAUACUACCUUCCAUCAUACUUUCCUAUUCACUGUCCUAACUCCAACAGUGUUGAGAGAGGAAUGCCUUUCUCUCCUUGUUUUCUUUUUGACCCAGAAAACAAGCUAUCCUGUCAUCCACAUAGACGCUUCUGUCCCUUUGCAGUGCACUUCCACCCUCCUGGUAGUAGGAAGAGUUCUUUAUCCAACUGAUGGGAACUGGUACUCGCUGACCACAUUCUCUAGUGGACAGGGCAUACUCUGUUCACUUCUAGCCUCUCAUUUUACAUGCUGUGAUACUGUUAGGUUCUUAAUCAUGGCAUAAAUACCCCAGCAAAGGCCCGGGGCUUGCCUUUUAAAGAUAGGUCCAGUCAGUGCCUCGGUUUGUGUCACAUCAGUGACUGGCACAAGGCAGAUUUCUUGUCCUAGUACAUGCAGCUGGUUAGGUAACAGAUUUGGUCUGUACCCACCCAAACAAGUGGUAACUAAAUUCUUGAUUCGGUUGGAGAGGAUGAAAAAGACCCAUUUUGACUUUAGGACGAAGUUGUAUUCUCCAGCAUAGUUUCAGAAGUGGUGUUUAGUAUUUAGUUGGCCAAGGGUUCUUAUGGACAUGAAGAGGUAAGUGAUAGGAAAAAAACACAUUAAACCCCCAACACCUAGUUUUGAUUUUAUGCAGUUUAUCUUUGAAAUGGAUCUUAAAUCCUUUUUGAAACACAAAGUAUAGGCAAGCAUCAAUUACCAAAGCCUACAUUGGGCACUAUUCAACUACCACGCUCCCUUGGGACACUGCAAGAAGUACUCAUGAAGGGAAGAUGAAUUGACACAUGAUACUAUUUGAACUCAAAAGUUUGAUUUUGCAAAGAUAAUUAGGAUCUGUACAAUUUUAAUUGAAUCAAAUUCAUGCUAAGCACUAACAUUAGCUCUCUUAAAACCUGACAAGUAUAGUGAAAUUAUGUCUAAUAACCUUAAAAGUCUUUUAUUGAAUUCAAUCAGAAGUAUACAGAUAGGGUUUUGUUUUCUCUCUUUUUUUUUUUUUUUGGUAAUCCUAGUAUAGGAAUAAGUGAACAACGAAUUUUAUGAGAUCUGGCCAGACUUUAUGAAUUUGCAAAAUGAAUAACAAAUACACAAUUCUCAUUCUGUCAACUACCUUUGACCAACAAGUGGAAAAAGCUUUCGUUUUGGUGUCUUUAUGUGAGAUCCCUGUAGUGUAAUUCAA